CAUCUAUUUCCGGCUAAUUUGAACGGCGCUGGCGGAAGUGGGCGAAAUGUGUCGUUUAUUUUUAUCACCCCUGCUAUGGACCCAUGCAAGUGCAUGCAAGUGUUAUGAUUCUCGCACAUAUAAAUACGGAUGGGGCCAAUACAGUCAAUACACGUCCACCUUGGCUGGGACCACCGUCGCCGCCGUGUGUCGUCACUCGAACGCGUGCGACCGUGAUAAACAUCCGGAAACGGUUUUGCGUCUUACUUAUUAUAUGAUAAUAUACCUAUUUAUAUAAUAGUGAUAUGGUAAUAUAGUAUAUUGCGUUCCGAAAAUAUAAUUUCUUCACGACAAAAUGAUAAAUCACAGAAGAAUUUGUUUUAUCGGCUGUCAACGGUAGACGAACUAUAGUGUGAACUGUUUCGGCGAAAUGAUAUUGUCCAAUGCGGAUUCGUACUUUACUUGCAGUUUUUUUUCCUAAACAAUGAAAUGAAGCUUAUUACAUUUUAAGUACGAAAAAUCCAGCGGUCAUCUUUUUGCAGAUAAUAAUACUGUGUGCACGCAAUGUAAUUAUUUGUACACACUAUUAUUAUGUGUGAGUGUGCGAUGAAUUAUACAGCUGAUUGAUCGCAGCAGUGUGUGGUGUACGGUCACAGUUCAAGAGGAGUAAAUCAACAAACGAAAAGAUGAGCGGAGGGCAAUAAAACAUAUUAUUAAUAAUUAUUUACAUAACAUUAAAAAUACGUUUAAAAAAUUUAAUACUCAUUAUUAUAUACUAUAAUAUGAUGUGUAGCUUGUCGGCGUUAUCAGCGUAUCAACUGAAAGUUAAGUGAUGAUGAUGAUGUACACCGCCGCCGUGGCGGCUAGGUGGGUGUUAUUCGAUUACGCACGCCGCUCGCAAACCGAAUUCCGCUAAGCAUGUUACAAUUUUAUUAUUAUUUUCUGACGAAUAGUUUAUACGACGAACUCGACAGUCGCACGCGGCACUUAUCGCGGUGAAGACGGACGCCGCGAAACGAACGUUAUACAAUACAUAAUAUUUUUUUUUUUUAUCGAACCAUCACGAGAAUGGUCUAGACUCUGGACACACACACUUGACGAUAUACAUACUACGAUCGUAAUAUACUAAUAUUAAAUUAUUAUUUUACAAGUCGUGCUUAUGUCUGUAGACACCUGUUGAGUACAUAUUAUUAUACUUACAUCGGAUCCGCGAGACUGCGAGAGCAACUCCCUCAAACGGAGUAAAAGAAAAAAAAAUCGCGUCGAUGAUAGGUACACAUACAUGUUAUAUAAAUAUAUUAUACAUUGCACGUUUACGAUAUCACGGUUAUAAUACUCGCGUACGACGUGGUAAAACAACGCGAUAUGAAAAUGGUAUAAUAAUAAUAAUAAUAUACUAGACGCGAGAUCGAGUGGCGCGGGACUCCGUGCACACAUCUAGUAUUAUAAUAUUCGUAAAUCGAUCGUUUAAUACGAAUCGUAAUCGCAAAUCAGCUUCCGGACUCGCGAUCGUUUAUCGCUACAGAUGACGUAUCGGCCGGCACAUAAUGUGAACACACGCGCCGCCGGACCAGGCGUAUCAGUCACGUCCGAUAGGUCGUACAGGUAGCAACAGCCGCCACGGGCGCAUCAUGCCACCGCCGCCGCCGCCGCCGCAAUCCGAGUGAUAUAAUAAUAAUAUAAAAUAUAAUAAUAUAUCGUGCGAUGCAUUAUACUGUAUUCCGACACACGGUCCGGCCGAUAGUAUAAUAUCACAUACACCCGUCGCAGUGACCUGCACAGACCUACACACAUCGGAUUUUAUUCCACGUACGGAUAUGGCCAACGAAACGACGGCGAACUGCCGAGGACCGGCGGCCGGAGAUCCGAAAUCCGAGCCCGACGAGUCGUCGUACAUGCUGCGGGACAAAAGGCCGUCGCCGCCGAUGCUCCGCGAUCAACAUCGCCAACACGCGGGGCAGGAACGUCAUCACCGGACAUUCGACGACAGCUGGGCCUGGUAUGUGGUGGGCGGGUGCGCGUUCGCCAACUUCCUGUUGCCCGGCAUGCUGAGAUCCUUCGGUCCCGACGUCCUGGACGGGUUCGUCGAGGUCCACGAGCUCGAGUUCUCCAACCGGUCCGCCGUCGGUUGCCGGUGGAUACCGGCCACGUUCAACCUGACGUUUUUCAUAGCCGGGUCUCUGUCCUGUCUACUGUGCAAACUGAUAUCGCACCGAGCGGUAACGUUCUGGGGCGGACUUUUGGCUUCCGGUGGUAUGAUGUACACUUCGUUCGCUAACUCUAUAUCUCACCUGUACAUAAGCUAUGGCGUGAUGGUGGGAUUUGGAGCGGGCUUGUGUUACUCGGCCGGAAUACUGAUUGUCAACGAGUAUUUUGACAAGCACCGAGGACUGGCCAACGGGUUUUCGCUGGCGGGCACUGCGAUCGGCGCUCUUGCCAUGCCGCCAUACCUCGAGUUCUUGACCUUUUCAUACGGCUACAGAGGUGGCAUUCUGAUCGUGUCCGGAAUGAUGUUGAACACAUUGGCGUGCUCGUUGACCUACAAACCCGCGAUCGCUGAUGCGGACCGGAUGGUUCAACAGGACGAGGUGACCUGCACGAGGCCCGUCGCUACGACGACGUCCACGCAGACAUCGAUCAACGCGAGGGCAGUCACGGCGACGGCGUUUAAGGCGGCCACGGACCUGUACUACGCCGCGGUGGUAUCGUCGCCUUCGCCGCCGCUGUUGAAAUCCAAAUUCAAGGCGGCGGCGGCGGCGGCGUCUUCGACGGACGACGAUGACAAUGAAGACGACGACGACGAUGACGACGACGACGACGACGACAGACACCUGAAAAACACCCGUUGGCGGCGGUGGUUGAGGUGGCGACCUCCGCAGUUCGGCGGCACUCCGGCAGUCGAGUUUCUGGCCAUGUCGGCAGUGCACGCGAUCAGCCACUUGGCGUACGCCACCGCCGCGCCCGCGCAGUCCGCCGCCCUACAGCUGGCCGCGGCCGAGGCGGCCGGUCGUUUUCUCGCGCCCGCGGCUUCAGACAUGCUGUCGCCCGGCGGCUCGGCGUCAAUUUACCUGUACGCCGCGGUUGUGGCCGUCGGCGGCACUGUUCUGCUGACCGGCGCCACCGUCACAUCGGACUCCGACCCGUUCCUGUGGCCACUGCAGUCGGCGGUUCACGCGCAAUGGUCGGAGUCCCUGGUCGUGGCCUUCGGGCUGGUGUCUGGCGCGGCCGUCGGGCUUGAACCGCUGGUCGCGGUCCGCGCGCUGGGCCGCGAACAGCUCUCCGCCUCCUGUUCCGCCACGCUGCUCGGCAAAGGCGUGGCCCAACUGGCCGUCGACAUGUUCCUGCGGCGGCCGUCAGCCGGCCAGUCGACUCGCGGCCGCGGUGCACGCUGGCCGCCGAUCGCACCUUGCGCACUCUACGCGCUCGGAUCCGUUCUGGUGGCCACUGCCGCCGCUUGGACGGCAGCGUUCCUUGUCAAGCGUCAUUACGCCUCGAAGACCGGGUGUAGCCGGUACGUGAGAACCGCUUGACUAGUGCGGCCACCGCUGCCAAAUGUGGCGAGACCAUCAUCCUACUAUAUUGUAUAGGUAAUGAGUUACGGUUACCUAUUACUAAUGACCGAAGUACCGGGUGGGCAUUGGAUAGGUACCUUAAUUUAGGGUCGGGUUUCAACCUUAUUUUCCACAAAUUCGAAAUAAAUCAUAAUGCUUAUCGUAGGUACACCUACUUCGUUAAAAGCGAUUUCUUGUUAUUGUAAUUUUCGUAACUCGUUUAAGCGUAAAAUCAACAUUUGUAUACAAAAAGUCAGUAUAUGGUUGGGUAGGUAUCUAGUAUUAUAUUAAGAAAUACGAGAAAUCUUAACACAAUCGGGGGUCCCAAAGGAGCACGUCCCCUCUCAGAUACUGUAUACAUCCAACUGCGUACCUAAUGGCUAUUAAUCUUCUUCAAAAUUCUGUAGUUUGUUUCCUUAAUUUUUUUUCUGCAUUCGGGAAUGCUGCAAUUUUACUAGAAAGACACGAGUUGAGCGCCUAACGUCAUACCCAGGAGUAUUUUUUUCAACGAACUUUAUACUUCAGACAAACGAUAAUCGACGCAGUAUGCGACUUGUAGGCAGCUUCCGUGGUUUGAAAUAUAAUAGUCAGAUAUCAAAAUCAUUGCACAAUAGUUAGGUACAACUUUUAAGAGGACUUAGUAGGUGCCUACCAAGCUGAGUGUAUAGGCAGUUGGUAAUUUAUAGUCCAAUAAUUCCAUGUUCAACAUCAUGAAAAGAGCUGGAAAAAAUGUCAAUAGAUACAUCACUGUAGGUAGGUACAUAAAAUUGUAUCAAUGAUUCCGAUUUCCACGAUAAUAGUAGGUAAACUAAUAAAUAAAAAAAGGUAUAGUAGGUAAAUAUAACCUGCACAUUUGACGGCUUCGUCAUCGCAGAAUUUAUGCUCAAAACGUCUCUAUGCACUUUAAAAUCCUAAAAGCCUGGACAAAACUAAUAAUAGACGCUCGCCUAAUAACAACGAAUAAAAUAUUAUAAUGGACAUAAAAAACAGAAUGUCCAAUGUCUAGACGUCUAAUGGCACGUGUUAAACCAGAAUUAUUGUAAAAAGUUACGUAAUAUCAUUAUUCCUGUCUGUGAUGAAUAGUUUGAUACUAUAGGUAGACGAUAGAAUAUAUGUGUACAUUAAUUAGAAAUG